UUAAACAAAAUUAUAGAUAACGCAAAGAUAUCUAAAUAAAUCCCGGGUAAAUUUCAUUUGUAAACUGGUAAGCACUGCCACCUAGUGAAUGAAAUCAAAAUCAUUAAAUUUUACUCAAUAAAAAAAAAAGUUUAUAUUUAUAAAUAUCAAUUUACGUCCCAGCUGUCAAAACUUGUGUGUUGUUGAUUAUAAAGAAAAAUUUUAAAUUAUUUUAUUAAUGUUGAAAAAUAAAAUUUUAUAAAAACAAAAAUACUUUUUAGUAUAGUAUUUUAACAGAGAAUUUAUAGAUUGAUUGACAAUAAUGGACUUAGCUAAAUCAUUGUUCAACGUUAGAGAUCAUGAAGGUUACGUUGGAAAAGAAGAUCACAACAAAAAACUUGAAGCACUCGGAUCUGAAGAUGAAUGUGAUGCAGAUUUCAAUGAGUCAAGUGAAGAUCUUUUAUCUCCAGUACCAGGAGGUCCAUUUUCUGCUCUAACACCGUCCAUGUGGCCUCAAGAUAUAUUAGCAAAGCUCAGUCAACCUGAUGAUCCAAAUUCUCAACCUGAUUACAGGUUCGACGAGUUUGGAUUUCGUGUAGAAGAAGAAGAUGGUCCAGAACAGAGUUCCAAAAAACUUUUAGGUGUACCAUUUGUUGAAGAUCCACAACACAGGCAACAAUGGUUGACAUUAAUGGAAUUUAAUCGUACACAAGAAAUAUCAGAUACUCUAUGGCAUCGUACAGAUCAACGUUUACCUAGAACAGAUAAACUCCGAGAAAUGGUAAGACGUGGUGUUCCUCAUUCACUUCGUCCAAGAAUUUGGAUGCGAAUGUCAGGAGCUUUACAUAAAAAAAUAUCCUCAGAUAUAACUUACAAAGAUAUUGUCAAGGCAUCGAGUAGUGAUGCAUUAAUGACUAGUAAACAAAUUGAAAAAGAUUUAUUGAGAACUAUGCCAGCGAAUGCCUGUUUUAGUAAUUUACAUAGUACAGGAAUACCAAGACUGAGACGUGUAAUGCGAGGAUUGGCUUGGUUAUAUCCAGACAUCGGUUAUUGUCAAGGUACAGGAACAAUGGCAGCUUCUUUGUUACUGCUAUUAGAGGAAGAAGAUGCUUUUUGGAUGAUGGCUACUAUUGUUGAAGAUUUAUUACCAGCUUCUUAUUAUUCAUCAACAUUACUGGGUGUUCAAGCCGAUCAAAAAGUUCUAAGGACACUUAUAGCUAAUUAUUUACCUGAUAUUGAUAAUGUUUUAGUUCAACAUGACAUAGAAUUAAGCUUAAUUUCUCUUCAUUGGUUUCUUACACUUUUUGCAUCUGUUGUACACAUGAAAAUUUUACUCAGAAUAUGGGAUUUAUUUUUAUUUGACGGCUCAAUAGUGUUAUUCCAGGUGACAUUUGGUAUGUUAAAAAUCCGUGAGUCAGAAUUAAAAUUACUUGAAAAUUCAGCUCAAAUAUUCAAUGCACUGUCUGAUAUACCUGGAGAUAUUGAUGAUGUAGAUCAAUUAUUUGAAGUUGCAUUGGAAGUCAGUGGAUCGUUAACAGAUGUACUUAUUGAGACACAUAGGCGACGACAUUUAGCGUAUUUAAUGGCUGAUCAAGGUGGUUUAGUUGGAAAUCCUGAUGCAGUACCAAAUUUACCAAAACAACACCUCAAUAAACGUCAAAUGAAACGUAAUAAAUCAGCAUUACAGGCUUUUUUAUUUGGUAAUGAUGACAAUGAAGAGGAUGCUAAAUCAAAAAAUAUAAGACAAACAGAAAUUCUUGUUGAUUUGAGAGAAACAAUUCUCCAAUUAGCUAGACAUUUUAUUAAUGUUGAUCCUAAAUUAAAUAAUGUAUCAUUAAUUGCUGAUUAUACGAUGGAUAGUCAUGCGAGAGAUCAUGAUAAUUACGUUAAUGUAUCGCGUACACGUAAUAGACGAGCAAAAGCAUUAUUAGAUUUUGAAAGACAUGAUGAUGAUGAAUUGGGCUUUCGUAAGAAUGAUAUUAUAACAAUAAUUAGUCAAAAAGAUGAGCAUUGUUGGGUAGGUGAGUUAAAUGGACUUCGAGGUUGGUUUCCGGCUAAAUUUGUUGAAUUACUUGAUGAAAGAAGCAAACAGUAUACAUGCGCUGGUGAUGAUGCUGUCAGCGAAGCAGUUACUGACCUCGUAAGAGGUAGUCUAUGUCCGGCUAUCAAAGCUUUUCUCGAACAUGGAAUGCGCCGACCAUCUUUUCUUGGUGGUUCAUGUCAUCCUUGGUUAUUUAUUGAAGAAGCUUCAAUACGAGAAGUCGAAAAAGAUUUCAAUUCUGUUUAUAGUAGACUUGUUCUUUGUAAAACAUAUAGGCUUGAUGAGGAUGGCAAAGUUCUCACACCUGAAGAGCUACUUUAUCGUUGCGUUCAAGCUGUUAAUUUAACGCAUGAUAAUGCUCAUGCACAAAUGGAUGUUAAAUUGCGUUCUCUAAUUUGUUUGGGAUUAAAUGAACAAGUUUUGCAUUUAUGGCUUGAAGUUUUAUGUUCUUGUGUUGAGGUUGUACAAAAAUGGUAUCAACCGUCAAGUUUUAUGAACAGUCCAGGAUGGGUCCAAGUAAAAUGUGAAUUAAGAAUUCUCAGUCAAUUUGCAUUUAAUUUAAAUCCCGACUGGGAAUUACCCCGGAAAAAAGAACAAUCACAACCACUAAAAGAUGGUGUCCGAGAUAUGCUUGUUAAACAUCAUCUUUUUAGUUGGGAUCUGUGAGUUAUUAUAAUUAAUUAAUUAGUUGAUUAAUUUAUUUCGUCUAAAGUUUAAGAAAUUUUUUAAUUUAUUUAAAUCCUAUAUUAUUUAUUAUUUUUAAUUAUUAUACCACUUCAAAAUUUAUAAUUAUAAACAGAAAGAAUGAAGAAUUAUGAAACGUAUUUAUUAAAUAAAUCAAAUAGAUAUUUGAGUACCUGCGACAGCACACGUAUCCAUAAUAACGAUAAUAAUAUAAUCCAAAAUGGAUUUGUUAAUUAAUAUUUUUUAUUUAAUAAACCAAAGAUACAGCAGAUAAAUUUAUCGGAUAAAUAUUUUAUUAGAUACUUUUAUCCGUCCUUUUAUUAUAUUUCUCCAUAGUAAAUAUUAAUAAUUUAUGUAACCAAAAGUGCACUCCCCAUGAGUUAAACAUGGCGAAUAAAAUUGAUUGGAUAAAGUCAUAUUGUUUUGGUCCAAAAAAUUUUAAAAAUUUAAUUCUAUAAUUGGCAAAGCACGUGAAGAACGAAAGUGGAUUCAAAUUUAUUAAAAAUUGUGGCCUACAGAAUUUUUUCAUGCACACUAAUAGACUGACAACAUUUAAUGAUCAAAUUAAAUUUCUUUUAAAUUACUUAAGGGAUCAUUCUGGUUUAGGCAGUUAAAAAAAGGCUAUUUUCAUUAAUUUGCUUAGAAAGGAAUUGUUAUAAACAUUUAUACAAAGUUUAUUUAGGUUGGCUAAUACUCUCUUAAAGUACGUAGAAAAUAUUUUUUUUUUCUAUUUUCUCACUCUUCUAAUACCUUGUAAUGGCGGGUGAAGGUAACUCCGUAAAAAAAAGGUAGUUCGCUGGCGGCGGUGAAAUUUCGAUACCCGAGUCGAAAAGUUUCAGUAUUAUUUCAAACUGAAUAAACUGCUAGCCAACAGUUGAAAAAAAUAAAAAGUGUCUAUUUAAAAAACAUUAUAAAAUGAGUCUGAACUCAGACUGAAAGGUCGUCAUAUUUCACUUUUCAGGACCAUCAGGUUGAAAUUAAGCUUGAGAAUAAAUUCAAGUAGUCUGGAUCUUCAGCUUGAAAAUAGUUUAAAAUUAAGACUUAUCGGAUUGAUGUUAAGUUCCGCGGGUAAAAAAAUAAUAAAUUUGUUUCUCGGCCGAAAUUAUGUUAGAGACGAGGAUUUAUAUCAUUAUUAUUAUUAUUCUAUUUGAUUAAAUAAAGUAGAAAUGAUUGUAAGUAUUUAAUAUUUAUUUAAUUGCCCGGGAAAAACGAAUCAUAUAUGAUCAUACAUGGAAAUUAGCAGUAUAUAGCUGUGUGUGACUGGAUAUGACCAUUUUUAAUUAAAAAAAAAAAAAAAAAAACAGAUUGUUUUAUUCUUUUUUUUAAUUUCUUGUUCAAUCAUUUUGGCGACGCAGGGAUUAUUAGAUAUACGAAGAAUUGAAUUUCUAAUCGAAUUAGAAAUUUCUAAUCACGUUAUUCAGUUUGAAGUCAGUGUCUUUUUAAUGCUACAGUAGGUUGUUCAGUUUUAAAACAGCCUGAAAAUUUUACGUCAGUUUGAAGCUUAAGAUUGAAUCCAGCUUUAAUUUAAUUUAACUAGUAGGCUAAUCAGUUUGAAUUAAUGACAUCUGGUAAGCUAAACAGCUUAAGUUAAGGCUCAAUUAAGAUUAGUCAGUUUCAAGUAAGGUUCAGUUCAGCGCAGUCAGCUUCAUUUAAGGCCCAAUUCAGCUUAAUCAAUUAGAAACAAUGCUGAAACUUUUCAACUCGGGAUAAUGGCUCAUCUAAAAUGAAAAGAUAAAAAUUAUUUACAUUCAGUAGACGUGUAGCUCUCGUCUGAACUAUGGUCAAAUUUAAAUUUUGAUUUUAACUUUUUUUUUUUGGUCCAAAAACAGUGAAGAAAACUUUUCUUAAGUUUUUAAAUGUUCUUAAUGUUUUUUAAGAGUGUCUUAAACCUAAAUAAGCUUUCUAAAUAUUUACAACAAUUUCUUUCUAAACAAAUUAUUGAAAAUAGCCUUUUUUGUUUACCGCCUAAACCAGAAUGAUCCCUUAAGAUUAAUUUUCUUUAAAUAUAUAAAUGAAUGUAAUUACUAUUGAAAUACAUGUUUUAAAUUUGAGUAUUUAUGUUAUUUGAUCAAUUUAUUUUAGUGAUAAUUUGAUGAGAAAACAAAAUUGCUCAUUAUUAAAAGUAAAUUUAUAAAAGCAUACGCAUGACGAGACGUUUUGGUGUACAAUAAUGAUGUUAUUAAUAUAUAUAAAUAACAAAAAAUUAGUAUACAUUUUAAAACUAAACCUAUCAAUUAUAAAUAAAAUGUUAAAUAUAU